GAUUUUCUUUCAUAGAAGUUUACGUGCCCAUUGCUGGGUUUUUUUGCAGCUGCUCUGGCUGAUACGUAGAUAAAGACAGCGAUAGGUCCGCCUGUACCGAUGACCAAACAGUGUAAAGACCGGAAACUAUCUUCAUAACCGACUAACGUCAAACUUGGUAACGCCUUUAUGUUCCAAAGUACAACCAGAGUACCGGUUGGCUAACAAUUUGUGCAAGAGGUCGCUAGAUCAAAUGACGUUUUUGUCUGCCAGUUUACUUUUGUUGAAGAGAGUACACAUUAAGGUUUUUUUACAGCUGUUGUCAGCAAGGAACAAAAAUGAGUCGAAGAGGUGAAAGAAACGAGGAAACGGACAAAGCUUCUGUUUCCUCAAAUGUCGCAGACGAUUCACAGAGGAUGACAACAAUUUACGCUGUGUAUCUCAUCGCCGCUUUGGAUAUCACAUGGAUGUUUUUACAGUUCUCAGUAACCCCUUAUUUGGCAAAGAAGCUCGGCUUCGACACGUUGUGGUUUGGUUAUUUGCAAACUACAGUUGGAGUUAUUCAGCUGCUCGGGGGCCCAAUGUUUGGAAGGUUUGCAGAUCUAUUUGGGGCACGGACAGCUUUGUCCCUGGCAUGUGCUUCAACUGUUGUCUUCUUUCUGCUGCUGGCCACAGCAGACACUCCAGCCAUGUUGUUCAUCCAUAAAAUCCCCACAGUCUUUAUGCAUGUCCUCCCUGCAUCACAAAUGGUUGUUACAGACCUUACAAAACCUGAGAAACGGGCCGACGCCUUAUCCAAGCUUGGUCUGUGUUUUGGCAUCGGUAUGAUAGUUGGCUCCACAUUAGGCGGACAGCUGAGCAAACUCUAUGGGGAGAAGUUUACUGCAUGUUUUGGUACUGCAGGGAGUGCCUUCAGCUUGCUGUUGGUUUUAAAGUUCAUCCCCAAAAAUACAAAAGCUGAAACAACCAGAGGCAACACUACAGAUGACAACAGAAGAAAGUCAGUAUUCAAUCUGAGUGAGAUUACGAGGCUGAUGAAGUUUCCAACAGUGAUGCAGACUUUCAUUAUCAAGAUAGUUGCAGGUUUGCCAUCAGGCAUUUUUCAAGUGAUGUUUUCUAUCAUUGCACUGGAGUUCUUUAAGCUGCAACCUGAGCAGAAUGGCUACCUGAUGGCCUAUUUUGGCAUCGUCCAAAUGGUUAUUCAAGGAGGAGUGAUCGGUCGGCUUACGGCAAGAUACUCUGACAAUUCAUUGCUGCUUCUAUCCAUUGGAGUGUCCUCUUUUGUGGGACUGGCUCAGGCAUAUAUACAGAAUGUGUGGCAGUUCUGCUUUAACAUCCUCCCGAUGAUGUUUUCUCUCAGUGUGUUUAAUGCCAUCACAGACAGCAUGCUCACCAAGAGUGUACCGUCCUCUGACACAGGCACAAUGCUGGGACUGUGCGCAUCUGUUCAAUCUCUGCUUCGCACAGUUGGACCUACUAUAGGGGGCUUCCUGUAUGUGAACUACGGCAUUUCCUCUAUAGGUUUAAUCCAGUUUUUCGUGAAUAUUGCUGUGUUUGUCUACCUGCUACAGCGACGACUCAACAAGACAGCCGAGCAGCGAAAGUGACACCUCUGUCUUUUUGUCUCACUUGUUCAAAAACUCAAAAAAGGAGAGGAGAUGG